AUGGCAGCACAAACCCGGUCGCUAGUCGGCUGGUGGGUAUCAAGUCGGAGCGCCCGUUGGCCGAGGGCCCUGCUCGGGCCCCUCUUUCUGCUACUCUCCUUGCUGAACGUGGGCCAUGGCAUGCACGCCAAGCCCACUCAAGUGCUCAAUGCCCUGGCCAAGGACAAUACUCUAUGCUAUGGCUCCGGCCUGGCCAACGGACGCGCCGAAAGCAUCUUUGUUGGUGUCAGUGGCCAAGAUCAAGCCCACCGCGGCCUGCUCCAAUUCGCACCCACUUUACACGCAGCACCGCCCGGCAGUGUUUUGCGCAACGUGACACUGUCUUUGUACGUGCUCCAGGCUGGUAGCACUGCCCCCACUCAGGUUAGCCUGCAUCGCGUUCAGCAGCCCUGGGGUGAGGGGACAUCCCAAGCCUCAGGUGGUGAGUGCGCACCAGCCACAGCCGACGACGCAACUUGGUCCUACACCUAUUACGGCAACCGUACCCGCUGGCAAACGCCGGGAGGCGACUUUGAUCCCAGCCCGCUGGUCAACCUGACCCUGACUGCGGCCAAUCAGUUCUACAACUUCUCCAGCCCUGCCCUCAGCGCCCUCGUGAACGAUUGGCUCACCGGCCAGCAACCAAACUUUGGUCUCUUACUCAAGCAACAGAACGAAUCCCUGCCUGGGCUGGCACGAAAAUUUGCGAGCAAGGAUGCAGCCGACGUCAAUGUUCAACCCCGCGUCCUGCUUUCUUUCCUGUUAGUAUCCCCAACCUCACAUCCUUGCGCGUGCCCCUGCCCGACCCUCACCAAACUUCACCCUGCCCAAUGUCCCAAAGGUCACCCAGCAGCUCAACUCACAGCCCUCCACGCAAGCCCUCGACCUCAGCCCCGAUCUCGAGCACCAAACCGGCACCGCACAGCACGUUCCGCCAACGUCAUCGAUCGCAACUUAUUAUUGGCCUGUGUACCAUGGGCGUUGUGCUAUUUGCCGCCGCAGGUGGCUAUCUUCUUUGGCAACGCCUAA